AUGUUCGCUGCACAACGAAAGCAGGAGACGGACAACCCCUCGGUGAAGCUACAGGACCCCUUCGUGAUCCAAAAACUUGCCCCACCACCGGCGAACUGCAACGUCAUCCUGAUCGCUGCCGGGACCAGUAUCAACCCAAGUGUUCCCCUUCUCCCCUCGGAAGAAAGUGGGGCGCCGUCGUCGAGGUCCAGGCUGGCCCUGGUCUGGCAAGCGACGAGCGAGGCCGACCUCUUCGGCGCCGACGAAAUUGCGGCCAUGCAGGGCUCCGAAUAA